AAUUAUUCAUCCCCUAUAAGAAUAGACGAUGAGAGGUUAUUGAGAUCCCGAGGCCGACAACAUAACAGAGCCUUAUGUUCUUAAGACUUCAGUUGCAUAAAUAUGUGAAUAUGCCUUCAAACAUCUCCAUCGACAAUCAUGGCUCCGGCCCCCAAAAUGUUACCACAGGCAGCGGGCCUCAAAAUAACAACAACGCUGCUGGCAUACAGAUUAAUGGUGGCAGUUUCUUUGGAUAUACCCCUUUUCAUGGCCAAUCCAAGGCUGAGAAGCUGCCAAUGGAGACCCGGGAUGAAGUCCCUAGCCAAAGCCCUCCACGCAGCCGCGAGGAUUUCCAUGUAGCAAUCAUCUGCGCUCUACCUCUUGAAUGCGAUGCAGUUUCGUUGCUUUUUGAUCAGUUUUGGGACGAGGAUGGUGACGCUUUUGGUCGUGCUCAGGGAGAUACAAAUGUUUACAUGACCGGGAGGAUUGGAGGCCACAACGUCGUGUUGGCGCUUCUCCCUAACAUGGGCGUAGCUGCUGGCGCGGGGUCAGCGGCUAGUCUCCGAUCAAGCUUCUAUAACCUGAAAAUUGCCUUUCUCGUGGGAAUCUGUGGCGGCGUGCCAGGUGUUGGCCGAAACGAAGUGCUGCUCGGCGAUGUGGUCAUCAGCAACGCCGCCAUUCAGUAUACCCUUGGAAGGCAAUAUCCCGGCGCAUUUAUAGCCAAGAAUACAAUACACGACAACCUCGGCCCUCCGAGUAAGAUUGUCCGCAUGUUGAUUGCUAGCCUCAAAAACGAGCUUGGAAUCAUGCAACAUAAAGCCGGUCAGUAUUUAAAGGACUUGCAACGCGCAGCCACGCAAGAGGGGCACCGAAACAGCUAUCAAUAUCCAGGCGCUGAACAAGAUAAGUUGUUUGCGGCCACCUAUCGCCACAAGCACCGUGGAUUACAGACGUGCAACUGUAGUAUAGAAACAGACAGCUUUUGUGAUGAGGCUGCGGGUGCAUCCUGCAUUGAGCUCCAAUGCGACGAAGAACAGCUAAUGCCUAGGAAGCGUUUAGAGGCGAAGAAGGCUAUGGGUCCAGACGAUGCGCAACUCCCUGAAAUUCUUAUCGGUUGUGUAGCCUCUGGAGACACAGUGAUGAAGUCUGGCGAGCACCGUGACCUGAUUGCCAAACAGCGAAACGUAAUUGCCUUUGAGAUGGAGGGGGCUGGUGUUUGGGAUGAGGUGCCUUGCAUGAUCAUUAAAGGGGUCUGCGACUAUGCCGACAGCCAUAAACACAAAAUGUGGCAGCCAUUUGCAGCGGCAACGGCAGCAUCUGUGCUGAAAGCAAUUCUGGCACGAUACUCACUUACAGACCCGAUGACGAUAUUCAGCUAAAUCAAGGUCAUCUAGGCUAUCCAGCUUACUUCAGGUCAUAUUGAUAGGGCACUAUGACGAAGAAAGACAAAGAAAAUCA